CGGAACGUUGUAUCUCGUCGGACACAUUUGGCUCUCCCCCUCCAGACCUGCAGCAGAGUUGACUUGUUGUUCAGUGAGUUCAGACUCUGCGUGUUUCUCUGGAGACUCCUGAGACUCAGUGAACACCAGUCACGUGUCUUCAUGUCUUCGUUAAACUCAGAGUUCUUUAUAAAGCGUUGAUUGAUCCUGACGAUGCCUCCGCCGGGUCUGCGCUGCCCGGGCUGCGGCUCCUCCAGCAUCAUCGACGAUGACCUGCACUGUCAGGCCCAGCUGGUGUGUGUGGACUGCGGGGCUGUGGUGGCCGAGGGGGCGCUGGUCAAUGAUGCGGUCGGAGGUGCAGAUGUCAACUACAGCCAAACCACAGCUGUGGCCAGAAAACCAUGUCCAAACCUUGUAUACGGUUUACAGCGUGUGAGAGCCAUAUGCCGGACUCUCAGGGUCAACCAUGAAAUCGAGAAUCUCUCACAGACAAACUACACGCAGGCUUAUCAGCAUGAACACUUCAUUCAUGUGAGCCUCCAGAAGAAGGAAGUUCUCGCUGGGUGCUGUGUGCUUGUAAGCUGCAGACUGCUUAACUGGCCCAUCGCCAUGGGAACCAUCAGCUGCCUGCUGGAUGCCGACCCAAUGGUAGUGGGAGCAAUUUAUAAAGAAAUGGUCCAGGCUCUCAACAUUACGGCUCCGAUAAUUAACAUCACGGAUGUAAUGGAAGCCCACAGUCAGGAGUAUAAAAUUAGUUCUCUUCACGCUCCUGAAGAAUUGGCCGCAGACCCUAAGCAGUUGAACAAGCGAGCAGUGGCUCUGGUGGAGCUGGCAGCCGAUACCUGGAUUGUCACUGGCCGUCAGCCCAUCCCCAUCAUGAUGUCGGCAAUCUAUUUGUCUUGGCAGUCACUGAAACCCACUAAACUGCGGCUGAAACUCCCUCUGGAAAAAUUCUGUAAGAUUGCAAAAGUCAAUAAGCACAAAGUUGCUUUGAAGAGAGUUGAUGAGAUGAAGGAGGUGCUGUGUAAGCUGGGCAAGGAACUCCCCUGGAUCAAGGAAGACGUGACUCCAGAGAAUGUGGUCAAACACGUGGAGGAUAUUCUGCAGUACAGGUACGCCCUGCUAAGGAGGGCUCUGAGAACCCAUGAGGAAACUCUGCAAGAGGAGUUUCAGACCAGCUGUGAGGACUCUCUAAAUGAGAAGAGCGCUCCAUCCAAAAUCCCAGAAAUUAAAAAUUCAUCCUCUGUGGAACGAUGCGAAGUAAAGACUGAUAGGUCCGAGCAACCAGGAUAUGGAGAUGAUGAUCCAUGCACGGUGCCUGAGCCGCACAGCAGUGCUCAGGGGAACCAAGAACCAAACUGGGGGAAGAGAAUGCUGUUUGCUCCCCCGUGUGUUGUUCACCCCAAGAAGAGGAGAGUGGAGCAGCCACAGCCCACAGAUGUAACUGGUGAUGAAGAAAUCUCAGACAGUGAAAUUAACUCAUACAUUCGCACGCCUCAAGAAGUGAGAGACUUCGCUCGAAUGCAGAUGUUGUCUGAAAAGAAGUAAUCGACCGUGUAUGGAGAGCAACGUUUUACUCAAUGGUUAUUUGUUAUACAAGUUAUGAUGCAGAUUUUAAUUCAGAAAAUGGAAGCAAAUGUUUCUCAUUUGGAUUUUGACAAUAAAAUGCUGCCGCAA